CUCUCUCUCUCUCCCCCCCUCUCUCUCUCUGUUACAGGAUGCCUCUGCCCGCUGCCCUGCUGGCCCGCUUGGCCAAGAGAGGGAUUGUUAAACCUUCAGAACAAGAGGUAGACGAGGAGAUUAUUGCAGAAGAUUACGAUGACAACAACGUAGAUUAUGAAUCCACCAGACUGGAGAGUCUACCACCAAACUGGUACAAAGUCUUUGAUCCCGCCUGUGGUCUUCCUUAUUACUGGAAUGUAGAGACAGAUUUGGUGGCCUGGCUUUCACCAAAUGAUCCAACGGCCGUGGUUACAAAACCUGCCAAGAAGAUUAGAGAGGGAGGUGAAGAAAGAAUCGAGAGGCAGUUUGAGAAGCUAGACAGAGAGCGAGAGCGGGAACGAGACAGGGAACGGGAAAGAGAGCGGGACAGGGAAAGGGAUCGAGAGAGGGAUGAAGGCAGGGACAGAGACAGAAGAAAGCAGAGGAGAGAAGACAUGGCACCGUACAACAAGGGCAAAAGAGGGAGAAAAGACGACGAGAUGGACCCAAUGGAUCCAAGUGCCUAUUCUGAUGCUCCUAGGGGCACAUGGUCAACUGGCCUGCCCAAGCGUAAUGAAGCAAAGACGGGUGCGGACACCACAGCAGCGGGGCCUCUGUUCCAGCAGCGACCAUACCCGAGUCCAGGAGCUGUGCUUCGGGCUAACGCAGCAAACCAAAUCCCCAAGGAGUAAGCAGAGCUCCACAGAAACAAAUAAAACAACUGUACUGUUUGUUUCUCAUUGUUGGUUACAGAACAUCUCUCAAGUUCUUUUUUUUCAUUGUGUUUAUACUUUUCAGAAAUUGAGUCUGAGCAGUUCUACCACCAUUGCAUUCAUACUCUGCUCGAACAUGUAGUCCAGGUGUAAAUAUGUUUUUAUAUGACCUUAAGAUUGACAUUUGUUUUGUUAGGACCAUUUGCUGAUGUGAUUUGCUAAUAAAUUCAAAGAUGACUGAAAAAACUAAC